GCCCCGCUCUCAGCAGCGAACUCCCCCUCAGUCGGUCCCGGAGCCGCAGCGGAGCAGCAGGAGUUCGGUCCGGACGGGAGGAGCGCGGAGAGGAGACCCGCUGUUCGGCCCGGUGGCAGGAGACACCAUGAAGCUCCUCCUGCUCCUGAUGAUGAUGAUGAUGGUGGUGAUGAAGACCUUCGGCAGCAGCGUAAUGACGGAGACGUUCUCUGACAGAGGAACCAGAACCAGACGCUACGCCGUCAACCCACUGGGACACAAGUGGACUCACCACAACAUCACAUACAGAAUCAUCAAGUUCCCCAACACUCUGAACAAGGAGGACACCCGGAAGGCCAUCAGCAUCGCCUUCACCAAGUGGAGCGACGUGUCGCCGCUGACCUUCACUGAGAUUACUGACAACAACGUCACCGCUGACAUCACCAUCGGUUUCUACACCUUUAACCACACCGACUGCUGGUGGUCUCCUCUUCAUCCAUGCUUUGACGGCCUGAACGGAGAGCUGGCUCACGCCUUCCUGCCGCCGCGAGGAGAGAUCCAUUUUGACAACCACGAGUUCUGGAUCCUCGGGAAGUCCAGGUUCAGCUGGAAACAAGGAGUCUGGCUGAACGACCUGGUCCAGGUAGCGGCUCAUGAGAUUGGUCACGCUUUGGGUCUGUGGCACUCCAGGGACCCCGAGGCUCUGAUGCACCCCAACGCCACGUACACCGGACAGAGAAACAUUGCUCAGGAUGAUGUGUGGGGGAUCCAAAGACUCUACGGAUGCCGGGACAAGAAGAGAGUCUGCGAUCCUUGGGCUCGACUUGGAUUCUGUGAACGGAGAAAGACGUUUAUGAGGAAGAACUGCCCCCAGCGCUGUGACCUCUGCUAUGAGCCCCUAGAUGCAGUUGCCACACCAACAUCGCCUCCAGCCAACGUAAAGAUCAAGAUGGUUGCUCGAGGGAAGGUGGUGGGUUUCCGCUGUGGGAUCAAAACCCCCCGUUCGCCCCCUAAAGUCAGCUGGUACAAAGACGGUGAGCAGAUCCUGACCUCCAUCCCCGGUUACAUCGUGAUGAAGGACAGAGACCUCCGCAUCAUCGCAAACGAGUUCAACGAGGGCAUCUACACCUGCCGCAUCCACCGGCGGGGAGACAUCGUGUCGGCCAACUCCUGGGCCAUCCGGCUAAAACCAGAGCAGCCGUCCAACAGCUGAGAACCUUUGCAGGGAUGGACGGCAGACGCCGAGAGGACAGGGAGGCUUUUCCGGGGAAGUAAAAGGCCCUGAAGGAAAAUCUAUCAGUUUCUAGGGUUGGGUGAGCAGGGAGGUUUCUGAUGAUUCGUCAUUAAACUCCAGACUGUGAGUUUGCUGGCAGCUAUGAGGUACCAACAGGAUGUUUCCAAAUCAUCUAAUAGGGAAACAUGGACCCAAAUCCCACAGACCCCUUGGCAGAUGUUUAGCGGUCUUACUGGAGUUUCCUUUGCUCUCCUUGUGAUUCACCGUCAGUUAGGCUCCGUCAGACAGGAUGAAGACCCUCUACUACUUGACCUCAGCUUUAUCUGUGGAGUUUCUUUUGCUCCCGGGAUUUUCUGUGCCUCCGCCAUCAGUUUCAGCCUUGCAACGAAACAGGAAACACCGUCGUCAUUAUUUCCAUACCUGACCAGGUAUUCUUUUCAGUGUGAAUGAUCUAAUAAAACUGGAACCACUUCAGCCCUCCAAGCUCUGACGGGUGCAUCUCUGCUGAGGAGACGGUGCAGAAGAGGAGGAGGUUAUCUUACUCAGGCGGGGUCUCUAUCAGCACCGUGAGAGGAUGAUAGGGUCUCUGUGCAGAACCUCAACCACAUCCAACCUUCUACUGUGACCGGACUGCGGCUUUGCAGUACUGACUCAGUUCUGCUUCGAACUCUCAACAACCAAACCACUCCAGUCCACGGCAGUCACCAACCUGCACCUGACUUCCCCAGACCCCCAAUACAACCCCGCCAGCAUAAUAAGACCUCCAGGAUCUCACCGUGGAAUUAGGAUGCAUGCUCAAAACCUUCAGGGAACCCGGUUUGGUUAGGACCCAACUGUGUUCCUAAUUAAGCCCUGGAACACCUCACCAAGGUCCUACAAAGAUCAUCAGGCUGAAUGUUUGCUUUUCUCAGCUCUGACGGUCCAUCCGGUUGACUGAAUUUAUUUCUGUCAUACAGAGUAUUGCUACAUGGGUCUUUAAAUUCCCACAGCCGACAUCUAUCAGCGUACCAAGUUCCAGUUUCUAAUGUAAUAAUAGAAGCGUUUUGAUACGUGAAGCAGCUGUAAUAAACGUUUUCUCCCCAUUA